CAGCAAGUCAAUGAGAGCCUAUAACCGUCUACAAACGCAACAUACAAGAGAUAAGGAAAGACGGCAUAAUGAAACUCUAUUAAGGAAUUGUGUAUUUUAAAUAUUUUUUUUUUUUACUUUGAUAUCAAUAUUGAAAAAGGCUUACGACGGUGUAGUAAACCCUGUGGAUUUUAAUUGCCUCUGAAGAUACAAGGUCCUGUCCAAUAGGCUCCUACAAGGAGAAGCUGCGAGUUGUUCCGACAGAUCUGCUUUCAACCAUCGAUCUACUUCACUGAUCAAAUAUGGAAGGUGGAGGCAAGGGGGUGACGCUCCAGCUGAUGAUGGCAGUGGGAACAGCUGUGAUUGGCUCGCUGCAGUUUGGCUACAACACAGGGGUCAUCAACGCUCCCCAAAAGAUCAUUGAAGGCUUUUUGAAUGACACGUGGAACAACAGGUACUCUGAGCCCAUCCCUGCCACAUCCCUGACCACCCUGUGGUCCAUCUCCGUGGCCAUCUUCUCUGUCGGAGGCAUCUUUGGCUCCUUCUCCGUGGGCCUCUUUGUCAAUCGCCUGGGCAGGAGGAACUCGAUGCUCAUCGCCAAUGUGUUAGCGUUCAUCGCCGCCGGGUUCAUGGGCUUCUCCAAGCUGGCAGCGUCGUGGGAGAUGCUGAUCAUCGGCCGCUUCAUCGUGGGACUUUACUCCGGCCUGUCCACUGGCUUCGUGCCCAUGUACGUGGGGGAGAUCGCGCCCACUUCGCUCCGUGGGGCGCUGGGCACUCUGCACCAGCUGGGCAUCGUCAUUGGAAUCCUCAUGGCACAGGUGUUUGGGAUGGAGUCGAUCAUGGGGAACUCCACUAUGUGGCCCUUUCUGCUGGGCCUCACUUUCAUUCCGGCCGUGUUGCAGUGUAUCCUGCUGCCCUUCUGCCCCGAGAGCCCUCGCUUCCUCCUCAUCAACUGCAACGAGGAGCUCAAGGCCAGGGAAGUGCUGGAGAAGCUGCGAGGCACUGAGGAGGUGGGCGCCGACAUGCAGGAGAUGAAGGAGGAGGCCAGACAGAUGAUGAGGGAGAAGAAGGUGACCAUCCUGGAGCUGUUCCGCUCGCCACUCUACCGCCAGCCCAUCUUCAUCGCCAUCAUGCUCCAGCUCUCCCAGCAGCUGUCUGGCAUCAACGCUGUUUUCUACUACUCCACCAGGAUCUUUGAGAAGGCGGGUGUUUCUCAGCCAGUCUAUGCUACCAUUGGGGCUGGAGUAGUCAAUACAGCCUUCACUGUUGUGUCUCUAUUCGUUGUAGAGCGUGCAGGGCGAAGAUCCCUUCACCUCACUGGGUUACUGGGGAUGGCAUUCUCAGCGGUCCUGAUGACAGUUGCCAUGGCACUGCUGGACCAGCUGCCUUGGAUGUCUUACGUUAGCAUCGUGGCCAUCUUCAGCUUCGUGGCCUUCUUUGAGAUUGGCCCAGGCCCCAUCCCAUGGUUCAUUGUGGCUGAGCUCUUCAGCCAAGGUCCUCGGCCCUCUGCCUUUGCCGUGGCUGGAUUCUCCAACUGGUCAGCUAACUUUAUAGUGGGCAUGACCUUCCAAUACGUUGAGCAACUGUGUGGCCCCUACGUCUUCAUCAUCUUCACCGUGCUGCUGCUGGGCUUCUUCGUCUUCACCUACUUCAUGGUGCCCGAAACCAAGGGACGAUCGUUUGACGAGAUCGCCGCUGGCUUCCGCCAUGAUGCCGGAGAGGCAGGGGAGAAGUAUGCACCUGACGAGAUGAACAGCCUGGGGGGAGCUGACUCCCAACUCUAAGCCCUCCGACAACACCGAUACAUACAUACAUACAGUUGAAGUCGGAAGUUUACAUACACUUAGGUUGGAGUCAUUAAAACUAGUUUUUAAACCACUCCCCAAAUUUCUUGUUAACUAUAGUUUUGGCAAGUCGGUUAGGACAUCUACUUUGUGCAUGACACAAGUCAUUUUUCCAACAAUUGUUUACAGACAGAUUAU